AUGACUUCGACUGCCAGCCCUCAGUCCAAUCCGGCGCCCAACACCUCCGCUGCGACUUCGGCUCCUUCAUAUGCUUCCGCUGCCGGUGCGAACAAGAAGCAAGCCUCCACGCCGCUGAUUGCGACUGGAUCCAACCCACCUGUGGUGGUCGGUGGCUCCUCUGCGCAAAAUGCAAAGCCGUCUGCUCCGUCACCAGUAAAUGGUCGUCAAUCCAUCACUCCUGCCGUGCCCGCUGCCCCAGCAGUCGCUCACGGCUCUUCCAACAACAACACUAUGAACGGAAACGCACCCGAUCACGCCCGCAAGAGCUCCGUCACUCUUAGUGCCAACGGCCCCAACAGCUUCGCUCCCAACGGCGGCCCUGUCGGUGGCUCCAAGCCCGGCAUCCAGUUCGGCUACAACUCUCCCGCCGUCGCGCACAGCACUCCCCAGACCACGGCUGCUCCGAUCCCCAUUCCCGGAUCCAACAACCAGCGCGUGCCUUCUCCUGCGCACUCUCCCUCUCCUAUCCCUCAGCCCUCUGCCAGCGGCGGCCGCCCCCCCUCCGGUAUGGCUCCGUCUAACGCCAUGACGUUUGGCAGUCUCGGAAGCGAUGGCGAUCGCCACAUGAGACAAGCCUCCACUCCUCAGACCCAAGCCGCUCUGCCUGCGCAGCCGGGAUCGCACAUUCGUCGGGAAUCCGGUGUUUCUCAGCACAGCGAUGCUGCUGGGCCCAACCAAGGUCCCAACCGUCAAGGUUUCCAGCCUCAGGGCGGCCGUGGUCGUGGUUUCAACCCCCACCAGCCCCCUUACAACGCCAAUAUGGGAUUUCCCCCGAACCAACAAUACCGCAACGGUCAGGGCCGUGGCGGCAUGCCGCCUGCCUUCCACCCCGGAAGACCGAUGCAACCCUACCCCAACUCACCUCAGCCGGCCCGAAGCCCUGCUCUGGCCCAGUCCCAGCCGGGGACCCCGAAUAUGCCUCCGGCGCAGAUGCACCCGAUGCCCAUGGCUACUCCUCCUCAGUACCAUUAUCCGCCUCCCAAUAUGGCGCAACCACAAGUACAUCCCCCUCCCUUUCAAGAUGUUUUCAUUCCGUCGACUUUGGCCCCUCCGUUCGUCCCGUCUUCCAAAAGCAAGAAGAAGAAGAAUCAGUAUCAGCAUUUGGAGAAGUUUCCCCACAAGUCUCGAUACACGGAUUCUUCGUAUGGCAUGCCUUUUGAUAACAAGCCUCGGCGCUUCAGUGAGCACGCAGGGCAGAUUUGGGUCGCCUCCGACAGGCCGAGUCUGAGCUACCACACAGACUUGGGUAACCCAAACCGUGUCGAGCGGGGCCAUGUGUCGUCGAACGAGUUGUCAACUUCUUCUCUUCCCUCAGACCCUCAAAUUGAUAUUUCUCCUCAGAGCGAUUACUACGAGAGAUUGCUAACAAACGCAAAGCAGCAGUACGGCUACCCUCCCCAACCCACUCAGUACGACCAGUUCGGCCGACCCAUGUACUACAACCAGAUGGGAUACAUGCCUUCCCCUCCUGGUGGGCCCCCGGCUUUCCAGCCUGGCUUCGUGCCUCCUCCUUAUCACCAACCUGCGCCGGCCGCUAUGUCGCGCACCUCUUCUCACUCUGAGCGGCCUUCUUCCAGCACCGGCCAGCCGAGUCAGCCCGUCGUUGUCUCUGGCACCCCCCAGCCCCAGAAUGCUCAAGUCAAGGCCCCGAUCGUGGCUUCGUCAUCUGGUAACUUUGUUCGCCCCAAAAAGAGCGCUGCCAUUGUCAUCAAGAACGCUGCUGGUGAGGCUGUCGACUUCAAGAGCAUCAAGACUCCUUCUUCGCCUGCCCCUAGCAUUCAGCAGUCCAAGACUCCUCCGAUUGUAACCUCCACCCCCACCCCUCCCCCCAAGUCGGCCACGCCCUCCCAUACCCGCGCCGACAGCCAGGCAACUCCCAAGACUCGUCAAGAGAUCCAGGAUGAGCUGAGAGCUAAAAUCCAGCAGGCCAAGGGAGGAGAAGACAAGGCGAAGGAGGAGGCUGACGCUAAGGCCAAGGCCGUCGAAGAGGAGAAGAAGGCCGCCGAAGCCAAGGCUGAGGCCGAGGCCAAGGCCAAGGCUGAGGCUGAAGAGAAGGCCAAGGAAGAGGCCCGCAAGGCUGAAGAAGAGGCGGAGGCCAAGCGCAAGGCCGACGAAGAAGAGAAGGCCAAGGCCAAGGCUGCCGAGGAAGAGAAGGCGGCUGCUGAGGCAAAAGCAAAGGAAGAGGCCGAGAAGAAGGCGGCUGAGACGCCUGCUGAGCCCGCCGCUACCGAGGAAGACGAAAUGGAGCGUAUGAUCCGCGAGAUGGAGGAGGAAGACGCACGUCGUGAGAAGGAGGCUGCCGAAUACAACGCGAAGAAGGCAAUCGAGAAGGAGGCACAGAAGAAGGCCGAAGAGGCUAACAAGGCCACCAAUGCCGCCGAGGCAGACCGCAAGCUCCGCGAGGCCGAGCGUGAGAUGGAACGUCUCGAAGAGGAGAAGGAGAGAAAGCGUGCUGAGGCUGCUGGAUCCUCCGUCGCCGAGCUUCUCGCAAAGACAAAGGCCGGCGUAGAUGAGCCCGCCAAGGUUGGUGAUGUCGCCGAUAAGCUUUCCAACCUCAGCAUCGGCGAUUCCAAGGCCUCUACUCCCACCGAGGCUUCUGCGCCCAGGGCCACUCCCACCGAGAAACGCGGCGCCAAGCCGUCUCCCCUUAACCUGGCUCCCCUCAACACCAAGCCUGUCGAGGCGCCUCAGCCCAGUGCUGCUCUCCAGUCUUUGAAGUCUGCUCGUUUCUUGUCCGUCAUGAACCAGGACUUGUACCCCUCUGGUAUCAGCUCUCCCAACCCGGCCUUGAACGCCGCGGUUGCCAAGAAGGGCAAGACCUUCAAGUACGACGCUCAGUUCCUGCUGCAGUUUCAAAAGGUCUUUACCGAGCAGCCCUCCACUGAGUUCCACCAGCAGGUCAAGUCGCUGAUUGGCGACAAUGAUGGUUCUCGCUCCGCGUCUACUCCCCGCGCUGGCUCCGGCCGCGGCGGCUCCCAGCGCGGCACCACUGCACCCGCAAACGCCAUUGGUAGUUUCCGAGCUCCGUCUAACAACGUCCGAGGCACCACCUCUGCCGAGCGGUUCGCCAUGGCCAACGCUGCUAUGGGCUCAGGAGGAGGUCCCGUCGGCAACAUGGGCACUUUCCGUUCGUUCCCCGGUCCCCAGAUGGUGCGGACACCCUCCUCCUCCAACGUGGGACCCAACUCUCCCAGAACCCGUUCCGCAAGAGGAGGCGGUGGCAGCAGACGCAACGAUUACAACCCCAAGGAGGCGCAGGCGGCCAAGACCAUGCCUCUUACUGCGGGCAUGGAGCUCAAGCCUAUCACGGUUUCCGCUACUGGUUGGAAGCCUACCAGCAUAGGCAAGAGCACCACUUCGGGCCCUACGCCUGGCGCCGACCACAUGGAUCCCGGGAUGGUCCAGCGCAAGGUCAAGGCUGCUCUCAACAAGAUGACCCCGGAGAAGUUCGACAAGAUUGCCGACCAGAUCCUCGCCAUUGCCGGCCAGUCCAAGGACGAAUCCGACGGUCGCACCCUCCGCCAGGUCAUUCAGCUCACCUUCGAAAAGGCCACCGACGAGGCUCAUUGGGCGUCCAUGUACGCCAAGUUCUGCAAGCGCAUGCUUGACACCAUGAGCCCCGAGAUUCGCGACGAGAACAUCAAGGACAAGAACGGCGUUGUUGUGAGCGGUGGCGCCUUGUUCCGCAAGUACCUGCUCAACCGCUGCCAGGAGGAAUUCGAGCGUGGCUGGAAGGUCAACCUGCCUACCAAGCCUGAGGAUGCUGACGAAGGCAAGCCCCAGUCAUCGGAGGCUGCCAUGCUCUCCGACGAGUACUACAUUGCCGCUGCCGCCAAGCGUCGUGGUCUCGGUCUCGUCCAAUUCAUUGGUGAGCUCUACAAGCUCGGCAUGCUCACGGAGCGCAUUAUGCACGAGUGUGUCCGCAAGCUUGUCGACUACGAGGGCGUUCCCGACGAGGCUGAGAUAGAGUCGCUGUCCAAGUUGCUGAGAACCAUCGGUUCCAACCUUGACGCUUCGGAUAAGGGUAAGGCCUUGAUGAACGUCUACUUCGACCGUAUCCAGCAGAUGAUGGAUAUGCCCGAGCUUGCCAGCAGAUUGAAGUUCAUGCUUUUGGAUGUCAUCGACCUCCGUAAGAAAGGCUGGGCUUCUAAGGAAGCUAACAAGGGACCCAAGACCCUCGAUGAGAUCCGCGCAGAGGCUGAGGCAGCUGCUCUGCAGAAGGCACAGGAGAACCAGCGCGGCGGCAGCCAGCGCGGACCCGGUGGCCGCCCCAAUAUGGGCCGCGGUGACUCUCGCAACUUCUCGUCCGGCUACAUGCAGGCCCAGUCCAACCAGGUCGGUAUGGAUGACCUGCGCCGCCUGAAGGGCUCUACCGGCAGGACUGCCAGCGGCAACAUCUCUCUUGGCCCCACCUCCAUGUUCAGCUCGCGCAGCAACAGCGGUCGCAGACUUGGACCUGGCGGCUCCCUCGGCCGACCUGGUGAGGAUUCUGGAGCUUCAUCCCGCACCGGAACGCCGCCCACCACCCAACACACCAACGCCUUCAGUGCGCUCGCCAACCUGGACAGCGAAAAUCCGGCUUCUCCUCCUUCGACUGCUGCCUCUCCUGCACUGUCCAAGGUUGUUCCCGACAGCACUGCUGCCGAGAGCAAAUGA